AUGUUUAAAAAUAUAGUUGCAACUAUCGGUAAUAUUAAAAAAUCUACAGGUUUAAUAAAAUGCUGCGCUUUAGAUCCUAGGAGAUAUCAUCCUCGACUGCUUCACCUGGGAUUCUUUGUUGAGAGUCCAAGAAAUAUAUCAAAAGACAAAUCUUGGACCUCUCCUGCCAUAUCUAGUAAAUAUGAAGUGAUAACUGAAAAAAAUUCUCCUAUAAUUGAACAUACUGCUGACGAAAUGAAAUAUGAAGUUGUAGAAGAAAAAUAUCCUAUCUUGAGCGAUGAAUACGACGGAAUAAAUUUAGAAAGAGGAAAGCAUGGGGUAUUUGAUAUUGAAGACCUUGUAGAUUUACUACAAAGAGAAAACUCAAAAAAUAUUUUCGUAGCAACUGUGCCAAAGGACAUUAAUUUUGUAGAAUACAUAUGUGUAGUUAGUGGGCGCAGUAAAAGACAUAUAAGAGCUUUGGCAGAAUUUGUGCGAAAGGUUUACAAAAAAAAAUGUUACAAAACUGAUCAAUUACCUAGGAUAGAAGGAAAAGAUUCUGAUGAAUGGAUGGCAUUAGAUUUAGGUAAUAUUGCUCUUCAUAUAUUCUCAGAUAAAGCUCGAGAAGUUUAUGACUUAGAAACCCUUUGGGCUGUGGGUCCAGAAUAUGAUGAAAAAAUGACUCAAAAGAGUGAUGUUGUUGAUAUAUUUGAAAACUAUAGUGCAUACUUAAAAGACCUAAAACCACUAGGAUAA